CACAGCCGGCUAUCCAUCUUAUCGCUCUAUCGAUAAGUCGGCCACGUGCACACUAAGCACCACACCAUCUCCCCACCGUUUUCCACCAUCACCACCGGUCGCUUGACCCAUUACCCCCAUUGCCUAUACCUAGCGCUGAAACACUACCCGUCCAUCGCUGCUCUCGUGCACCAGUCACGCCCAUACCGUCACAGCUAAGUAUCUGCCAAAAACCACAACCAAGUCGAGCUUCUUGUCUCCUGCUGUUCAGGCAUUCCCUCAUUGUCGCCACCCCGCCUCUCUCCCCUGUCGCCCGCCAGGGGGGCAUAUGCAGGGUAAACAGACCAACUUCCCCACUCAAAGCCCAUGCUCCUUUCACCACCGGGAAAGACACAAGACCAAAGGGAUGCGGUCGUGCCGAGAGGACCCACAGCGCCGCCAACUCCCCCCAGCCUCGUCUAUUCUCUUUUUUUUGCUGCCGCGGUCGGAGAAGCCCCCGAAACAUGGAACUUGGUUCAUGGAACAUCUCGCCGCACUUCCCACAUCUCAAGCAGCGAGUCAAUGUUGCCACCACAAGCGUGCCUCAGCCGUGUUGCGGCUCAAUACUUUUUGUUUUCCAGGUUUCAUUGCCGGCCGUGCAGAUCACCGCCGGCAUGCACAACCUGGCCGACCAACAGUUUCAGUAAAUCCCUUUUUGAAUAUGACACUCAGCAUCCAUAUCCGAUAG